UGCCUCACUGGAUUGCAUGCCUGCAUCUACCUACAGCCCAUCCCCGGGGGCCAAUUAUAGUCCAGCUCCCUACACCCCCUCACCUGCCCCUGCCUACACCCCCUCUCCUGCCCCCACCUACUCCCCUUCCCUGGCACCAGCCUAUACCCCCUCGCCAGCCCCAAGCUAUAACCCUGCACCCUCAGCGGCCUACAGUGGGGGCCCUGUGGAGUCUGCCAGCCGCCCCCCAUGGGUGACAGAUGACAGCUUCUCUCAGAAGUUUGCCCCUGGCAAGAGUACCACCUCCAUCAGCAAGCAGACCCUGCCUCGAGGGACCCCUGCCUACACCCCGACGGGGCCCCAGGGGUCUCCCCUGGCCAGGGGCAUCGUUCAGCGGGCUGAGCGCGUCCCAGCCAGCAGCAGGACUCCGCUCUGUGGCCACUGCAGCAACAUCAUCAGGGGCCCCUUUCUGGUAGCCAUGGGCCGUUCCUGGCACCCGGAAGAGUUCAACUGUGCCUACUGCAAGACCUCCCUGGCCGACAUGUGCUUUGUGGAGGAGCAGAACAACGUGUACUGCGAGCGCUGUUACGAGCAGUUCUUUGCCCCAAUCUGUGCCAAGUGCAACACCAAAAUCAUGGGGGAAGUGAUGCAUGCCCUGAGACAGACAUGGCACACCACCUGCUUCGUCUGCGCAGCUUGCAAAAAGCCCUUUGGGAACAGCCUCUUCCACAUGGAAGAUGGGGAGCCCUACUGCGAGAAAGACUACGUCAAUCUGUUCAGCACCAAGUGUCAUGGCUGCGAUUUCCCCGUGGAGGCUGGGGACAAGUUUAUCGAAGCCCUGGGACACACCUGGCAUGACACCUGCUUCAUCUGCGCAGUAUGUUUUUAGCACAGCCGGGGGUUCUGACUUUCUGAGAAGGGGCAAGAGGGACCUAGUGGGCCAGGUGAUCAACCCUCUAUAUCCCUUUCAACACUGGCCCGCUGAUAUGCUGAUCAUUUUUAUUUAUUUGUUU